AUGGAUACAAUAAUGCACCCAAAUAUAAUGAGCAAUAAUAACAUAAGCAACAUGAGAGCUCAAACAAGUCAUACAAUAAUAGGAAACUCGGCUCUAAGCAAACGAAAAAGAGUAGUAAUUAAUAUGACAAGAUCAAACUGGAAUACACAUUCAAAAUCUAAAAAUAAAGAAGAAGCAUUUGACCCACUCCUCCUUAAAAUACCUGACUUGGCUUUCUAUAAAGCUGCUAAAGGAGUAAGAAACUCACCUCCAGACAAAAAAACGAAUGAAACCAAUCCUUUGAGAAAUAAUAUUAAUUCUUCAGGUCAUUUCAGAAAGAGAACCUCUCAUCAAAGCACUUAGAGUGCAUAUAAUUAAAACAUAAAUGACUCUAACAGAGCCAUGAACUCUAUUGAGAGUAUACCCCAGCAAUCUAAUGUAUUAAUAAACAUGAAUUCUACCAAUAACUUAUUCAAAUCUUUGAAGCAUAUUUCAAACAUUGGCAUGAGACCAUAAACUACACAGAACAGUAAAAAACAUUACUAGGGUUUUGACGCUAAAAUAAUGAUGCACCACAGGAUAAAAUCCAAUAAUUCUAUAGAAGAGUAGUAAAACUUCAUAAAUGAGGAGGAUCCUAAUAAUACAAGCGAGUAAAAGAAGGAGUCACUUGCGGAAAAAGAGGUUAAAAUUAUUAAGAAAAAUUUCGUUAAAUUGCAUGAUCUUUGUGAGGAUGAUAAAUUAACUAUUGAUAAGUAAAAGUCUCAGAUAACUCAAUAUAAGUCCUAAUAUGCUGAACUGCUAAAGUAGUAUCGAGCUCUUUAAGAAGAGCUUAAAAGGUUGAGAUUUAGCUAUGGUGUCGAGGUUAGUGAGAAAAGAAAUGUAAUAACUGAAUUAGAAAAGUAGACUGAUAAAGCCAAUGCGAAUGAGAGAAAAAUAAUUCAGCUUCAGUCCUAUAUUUAAGAUUGCGAAAAGUAAAUCAUCAAACUUUCAAGUGACAACUUAGAAAUUAAAAUGAAAGAGGAAUAAACCAGAAACGAUGUGGGAGCAAUAAAAAAGAAUUUCGAGAAUCAUAUUGAGCAUUUGAAUGAAAAAAUGGAGAAAAUCAUAAAAGAUAAUGAGGAACUGGUCAGUUACAAAAACAAAGAAAUUCAAGAAAGAGACGAAACUAUCGAAUUUAAAAUUAAAGAGUUCAAUGAUCUGAUGACUAAAUACCAAGCUUGUGAGGAGAUAAUAAACAAUGCGAAAGGAUUUAAACCAGGUACCACUGACUUCGAUAGAAUGCAAGCAAGAAUUAACAGAUUGGAGAAUGACGUUGAUCUUUAUAAAAAGAUAAUCCAGAAAAAUGAGAGAGAUUUGAAAAAGAGAGAAGAGGAGUGGACCAAGGAGAGAUAAUAGCAUGAAUAAAACUAGGUGAAUCUGCUAGCUGAACUUAGAACUGUAAAGGAAGAUGGCUAGAAAAGAGAGUAGGAGCUACUUGAUGAUAUCAAAGAUAUGAAUGAAUAGUACCAUGAUGCUAGAACUUUGAAAGAAAAUCUAUAAGAACAUAUUGAUUUCAUAACGAAUGAGCUAAAAUUAGUGAAGGAAGUAAAUUAAACUUUUAGAGGUGAAAAUAAUAGGCUAGUUACAUAAUAUACUGACCUUGCUAGACAAUUUGAUGAUAUGAAGAUGAAUUAGUUUAAGAUAAACGAAACUAAUAUAAAACUGAAAAAGGAUAUUACAAAAAUGACAAGAGAGCUAGGCUAAGCAAAAGAAGACAAAGAUGUAGCUGAAAAUGAAUACUUAGUUAAGAUGUAGGAGAUGGCAGAACUUAGGAAUGGCAUAGGUCCUAAUGGUUAAAUAUCAAUGAAUGGACUUGCUGCUUUCCAUUUGAUUUCAGAGGAGGCUAAAGAGGCUUCACAGUCAGAAUUUAAAAGAAUAGUUCAUGAAUAGACCGUAUAAAUAGCAUAAGAGAAAUAGAAGUAAUCGGAACUACUUCAGUAAUAGGAAGAGUUAAGCCAAAGAUUAGAGAACUUAACACAUGAAAAGUUCAAUCUUGAAACUUAGAAGUAGGAGUUAUUGUAGCAGAUAGAUUAGAAUAAUUAAGACAUUAGAAGAAGAAAUGACUUUAUAUCCGAGAUUAAAGCUAAUAUAGAUAGCUUAAACUCCUUCUUAUUCAAGAUUGCAGAAAUUAUGCAAUGCUUAAGUUGCUUGACACAUAUUGACAGACCACUUAUGCUUUAAUGUGGCCAUUCAAUCUGUAGAGAUUGUGUGGCAAAACAUCUUCAUCCAUUUAAAAAGGAUGCGAUGGUGCUUUGUGAGAAGUGCACAGUCAGUACUGUAGCUAAAAAUCUCAAAAAUUCUAUCGUACUGGAUGACCUGUCCUUCUGUUUCUAUGAGAUACUGAAGAGCCUUAAAAAGAAUGCUCAGAUAUUUGAAACUAAGGGAAGAGCUUUUAGUAUUUUCGAUGAUUCAUAAGGUGCACAAAAGUAUAACUUACUCAUAAUGAAUACUAUAAAAUAAUGA